UAAAAGUUUUCUCUUCUGUCUUAAUGUAUUUUUUUUCCCUAAGAUUUCAUAAAAAAAUAAAGCCGUGCGUGCGUCUUGUCAAAGAUUAUUUUCCUUUUUUGAGGUACCAUCUUUUAUUGCGUUUAAGUAGCUAGUGUAUUGUGUUAUUACAACAAACACAAUUAUAAUUUAUAGGUAUAUUUUUUACCUGAUUUUUUCAAGAAAGAGCCAUUCUAUGACCGUUUCUCUCGCCAUAUAUUUCUCCAUUUGGACAGACUACUUCGACAGAAAACAAUAGGACAACAACGACGAUAUUCACUAUAUCACUAUUUUAGAGAAAAACCUAUGUGCAUAUAUAAUCUUCUUCUUUCUCUCUUUUUUUUUUCUUUUUUCCUUUUCCCGUAGAUGGACAUUUUUAAAUGGAAGAUACCACAGACACACUGGUCAUCAAAACUCCGAAGAAAUCUCCAUUGAUAUUGAGAAUGGUGGUUCUACUCUUUUCCAUGGUUUGUGGAGUAUAUAUAUGCUCGAUCUGUUUAAAGCAAUUAAGCCCCCACACUAAGGCCAAGUUCUUAAACAUCAAAGUUAUUGAGCAUCAAAAGUUUUGUCCCUUUUCUGGUGAUCAUUACAUGCAUUACCCACAACCUCAAACAUUCAGAAGGGAAGAAUGUGGCUGCAACCCUGUACGGUACUUUGCUAUACUGUCAAUGCAGAGAUCUGGGAGUGGAUGGUUUGAGACUUUGUUGAAUAAUCAUACGAAUGUUAGUUCAAAUGGGGAGAUUUUCUCGGUUAAGGAAAGGAGGGAUAACAUUUCUUCGAUUCUAAAGACAAUGGAUAAAGUUUAUAAUCUGGACUGGUUUACUAGUGCUUCCAAGAAUGAGUGUUCUGCAGCUGUUGGGUUCAAAUGGAUGCUAAAUCAGGGUUUAAUGGAGCAUCACGUAGAAAUAGUCGAGUACUUCAAAAAGAAAGGAGUGUCUGCCAUAUUCCUUUUCAGAAGAAAUUUACUCCGGAGAAUGAUUUCUGUACUCGCAAAUUCUUAUGAUAAAGAUGCUAAGCUACUAAAUGGAACCCACAAGUCUCACGUGCAUUCCCCAUUGGAGGCUCAAAUACUUGCAAAAUACAAGCCAAAACUUAACAACACAUUAAUGAUAAAAGAACUGAACAAAGCAAAUGAGACAACAACCAGAGCAUUAGAAUAUUUCAACAGAACUCGUCACAUUGUUCUUUACUGCGAAGAUGUUACCAACAACCGGACCAAACUGAAAGACGUUCAAGAGUUUCUAAGGUUACCUUACAAAGAGCUUAAGAGCCGUCAGGUUAGGAUACAUACCGCCCCUUUGUCGGAUCAAGUCCAGAACUGGCAUGAUAUCGGGAAGGCACUCGAUGGAACAUCAUUUGAGACAUUCCUUCAUUAAAAUUGACUAUUAGGUUUUUAAAAUGAAACGAUGUAAAUAUCAAUUUCAGCAUCAAUUUUGCUCAAGAGAGAUUCUAGUACCAUCUAUUUUACUUGAUUCCAAUUUCUUUGACCUUGUACUUGUAGUCGUGUAUCUAUAUAAAGCAAUUUGUCAAAACACAAUGGAAUUUCAUCCAACCACAGAUG